CUUUGUUUCUUUGUGGUGUGGUGAAUUUUCAAUACUUUUAUUUUUAAUUUUGUUCUCGCAGAAUCUGCUCGAAGGCGAUGACUUGUAUAGGAUAAGACUCCCAUCUAAUGUUGUGAGUCCACCCGGACGGGAUUUUAUUAUUUCAUCGGUGAAUGCGAGAUUUCUUCCAAGGGAGGGCUUGGAUAGCAUUCUGUAAUACACAUGGAGGGUGUAAACAUUUUGGCAGUCAAUUAUGGUUCUCCUGGAUCAUGCCCUUAUCCUCAGAAUUUGAAACUUCCUGUCAAGUGGUCCUUCAGCUCAUAUCCAGUUUUAAAGAAUAGCGAGCAGGCACCGAGAGCUCCUAUCUUUACUGAAGGAAUUCUUGGCGGUGAGAAUGGUGACGUUGUGCAGCCACCCGAGAAAACUUUUUGGGCUAAAUAUUGGAUGUAUUUGAUCCCUAUGGGACUCAUCAUCAUGAAUGCCAUAACACAAGCAAUGAACAUGCCCGAGGAGCCGGCUACUGGCCUAGUACCUGCUCAAGGACAGCCUCCAGAUGGGGCGGUGCUGCAUGGACCAAGUUCCGCUGUGCGUAGAAGAUGAUAAUUGAUGAGGUUUGCUAAUAAUAUAUCCUUUGAAGAG